AUGGGAGCUGAAGAAGAAAUGCUCAUCACCCUGUCUGGAGGGGCCCCGUGGGGCUUCCGGCUGCAGGGGGGCUCUGAGCAGAAAAGACCCCUCCAGGUGUCCAAGAUCCGCAAGAGAAGCAAAGCGUGUCGUGGAGGCCUGUGGGAAAACGACGUGCUCGUGUCCAUCAAUGGGAAAUCAUGUGCUGGCCUCUCCCAUGCUUCUGCCAUGCAGAUCAUCGACUCUUCCAACGGCAUGCUCAACAUCCGUGUGAAAAGAGUAGUUG